UGUAAACAAGUAAAACGAGAUGGACAAGGAAGCUCUGCAGUGAGCCCACGGCCCUGCAUCCCCUCAGCUUGCCUCCCAAGCCCGGCCCGAGAGCGGGGAGGCAGGGGGGGGCACGACGCUGUCCCAGCCCCCCGACACCUCCCAAGUCCUGGGUGGGAACCCCAGGUGCAGGAUAGCAUUUCAGAUGCCGGGCACAGCGAGGCAUGACCGAGAGAUGGCAAUCCAGGCCAAGAAAAACCUGUCCAAAACCACCGACCCCGUGGAAAGACUUCGCCUGCAGUGUUUAGCAAGGGGAUCUGCAGGCAUCAAAGGACUCGGCAGAAGGCUGUACAAGAGGGAAAUCUUAUCUCAGGAAGUUGUCCCUGUGCUCAGAGUAUUUCGGAUUAUGGAUGAUGACAACAGCAGAACCCUUGAUUUCAAGGAGUUUGUGAAAGGAUUAAAUGAUUAUGCUAUGAUGAUAGACAAGGAAGAAGCACAAGAGAUUUUCCGGAUAUUUGAUAAAGAUGGGAGCGGCACAAUUGAUUUUGAUGAAUUUCUUGUUACACUGAGACCUCCCAUGUCGAAAGCAAGAAAAGAGAUUAUCAUGCAGGCGUUUAGGAAGUUAGAUAAGACUGGAGAUGGAGUCAUAACAAUUGAAGACUUACGGGGGGUGUACAAUGCAAAGCAUCACCCCAAAUACCAGAAUGGAGACUGGACAGAAGAUCAAGUUUUUAGGGCCUUUCUGGAUAAUUUUGACUCACCCUAUGACAAAGAUGGGAAGGUGACAACAGAAGAAUUCAUGAACUACUAUGCAGGAGUCAGCGCUUCAAUAGACACAGAUGUCUAUUUUAUCAUCAUGAUGAAGAAUGCUUGGAAACUCUGAAAGGAGAAAGACUUUACUUCCACUUUUUGUAGGUUCCCAUGCUUAAGCAUAUGCACAACAAAACACUCGUUUUCCGUAAUAACAGCUUCCAGUAACUGUGCCAAUUACAGUCAAUCUGCAGAAUUAAUUCCCAGAUGCUUUGGUAGGCUCAGCCUCAGGGGAUCGGAGCAUAAUCAGAGAGCAUAUCUGGCACCCAGCCACUCAGCAGAUCUGUCCCUUUUUUCCCUGCAUCCCUGAUGUAUCUUUUCUUUUCUGAGACGGCUGCUCCUUUCAUCUCAGACAUCUGUGGUAGGUCCCUGUAUCCCCUCCUCUAGCAUUAGAUACAAUUCUGUUCGACAGAGGAUGCAAGAGGAAGAAACUGAAAUAUUCUGGAAGGGUGGUGGUGUGGGGCAGACUGUUGCAAACAUGAGGAAGCCUAUCCCAGGAGGGUCAUCUUGCCUGUAGCACUGCAGCUUCUUGGCUUCUCGGGUCUCACUUGUGGGGUGGGAGCAACUGCUCAGCUCUCUGCUGGGAAUGUGCGAGUUCCCAAUGCUGGGAGGCUGGAGGGAGAAACAAUUCAAGAAGAGAAGACACAGACCAGAAUAAAUACAAAAUGCUCUUUAAAGCCCGGUUUUCUCUCCAGCUUACAACUCAGCAUACAGUCAUCUUUCCUUUGUGUGCCUUCUUUCAAACCUCUGUGGGCCCGCUUAUAGCUUUUUUACCCUUUUUGAUUUCUUUCUUUUUGUACUGUGAGAUCAUCUCAGUAAUAUUUUUCUUUAAAGGGCAUCCGUGUGUUACAGUAUUUUCUUCUUACUGUUCCUGGAACAUUUAUUUGUCUGGUCGCUGUUGCCUGUACACAGCUACACUGAAAGUUGCUUAUUAACGUUUUUAUUUAUUCUGGUUUAUGACCGAGCUAUGACUUCAGGGAACUUUCUGGGAACUCCAGAACUCGUAAGUUUCUUGUCUUGUCAUUUUCUGUUUCUGAUGCUGAAAAAAGGAUGGGAACCUGCCCUCCUGGUCACACCAAUGAGGCAGUCUCAGUUCUAAGAUCUUCUGUCCUUUCCCUGUACUGAGAGUGGGGAAAUGGCGCACAAAGGAAACUGGAGAAAAAAAAGAAGAAAGAAAAAAGAAAUAAAUAAGAAGAGGUUGUGUGUGUGCUGUCUCAUUAUUCCUGCCUUGACCCCUUUUAUUUUCAUCUUCUUCUUUCUGCUUCUCUGGCAUCGUUGUGCUGCUCUCCCAGACUGAGAUGCUGCUGCUGUAGUGGAGUAAAUGGCUCGUGUACAGCAGCGUUAGCUCUGCUUCGGGCUGGCAGCUGGCUAAAGCAGUUUGGGCUUAUAGACUGGACUUUCAAAAGAGCUUGACUGAUGAACUCUCAGCUUGCACUCAGCCUGGGCUGCUGACAGUUCAAACAUUGAAGUCCUGGGUGCUUGCUGCUCUGGUCCUCUGCAAACGCCACUUUUGUUUUUUUCCAGCCAUGAUAUCAGUUCAAGUAACAGUUGCUUGCAAUUCCUUAAUAAGGGCUGUGCAAACUCAAUUUUUCUUUGUUCUGUAAGCCUACAGAAAUUUGCGCACUGGCUGACACUGGAAACUGAUGGAAAGAAUCUCUGUGAUUGCCAGCAAUCAUAAGAGGAGCCUUUACUUACUGCGAUGCUACAGAAGUGCCAACAUACCUUAGAUGAAAAACAAACUUACUGUCAAAUAGAGGCUGUACAUGUUCUGGCAGCUUGAGUAUAAUCUUUUUCUUUCCAACUUAUUAAUUGGCUCCACAACAGUGUGUUGUGUUAUCUGUUUUCUGUGUUUCAAAUAAAAAGAAAGUUAUGUGAAUGGA